GAGAAUUCGGUCAAUUCAGUGCUAAUCAGCCUAUAAUGUCUUCGAGUCUCAAUACAAGAACUAAUUCAACAAUGAGUGGAAUGAGUGGAAUGAGUGGAUUGGGUCCACUAUCUAAUUCAUUUCCCGGUGCCGUUAAUAAAUUGCCACAAUUUAGUAAACCUGGUACAGGACCAGUAGUGAAUAAACGACCAACUGGAUCUGAUACAAUGUCACCGGGUGGUGGACCGGGACCUCCAUUACCUGAUGUUGAUCUCAGUGGUCUAACUGAAGAGGAAAAAAUGAUGAUUCAAUCAGUAAUGGCUAGAGCUCAACAAGAAACGGGUGAACCCAUAUCUAUGUCUCCAAUGAAAGACAUAAAGUCUAAACCAACACAACCAUUCACGUCGGCACCGGUAUCAUCAACAAUGGUAUCGGUUCAACAACAACAACAAUUACCAAUGAUUUCAGGCCAGUCGGGUAUGGGAUCAAUGACUGGACAGUGGAAUCAACCAACUAUGCAACAAAACCAAAUGAUAUCGACACCACAAAACAUGCAAACAUCUCAAUCACGUGAUAUCAAUAAUCGCAAAAUGCCUCAAAUGUCUCAACCACUUCAACAACCACUUCAACAACCACUUCAACAACAACCGCAACAACAACCUCAACAACAACAACAGCUACAAUUCCAACAAAAUCAAUCGUUACAACAACAACAACAACAAUACCAACAACAACAACAAAAACCAUUUCAAUCACAACUAUCACUGGAAAAGGAAUAUCAACGACAGCUGAAUCAAGAAUCCGGAAUAAAACAAACGCAAAAUCAAUUUUAUUCACAAAAUACCGGAAGAAUUCAACCACAACCACCUGUAGAACAAAAUAAGAAUAAAUUUAAUCCAGAAUUAAGACAUGAUUUAGACUUAGACUAUAGACAACAAGAUAUUCAACAAUUUCAACCAUUAGAAUAUAAUCAAAAUACAUCAAAUAAUAUCAAUUAUCACAAUCAAGAUUUAAAACAAAUGGUUACAAAUUCACAGUCAGAUUACUUAAGUAGACAAACACAAAAUGAACAACAAGUUAGUCAACAACUACAACAACAUUAUCCAUCAAUAGAGAACAAGCCUUUAAUACAAGAAUCACAACAACAAUAUCUUCAACAAGAUAUUAGACAAAGUGAUUACGAUAAAGAUAAACAAUAUCAACAUUAUUCACAUCAACAGAUAUCACAACAACAGAUACCACAACAACAGAUACCACAACAACAGAUACCACAACAACAGAUACCACAACAACAGAUAUCACAACAACAGAUACCACAACAACAGAUACCACAACAACAGAUACCACAACAACAGAUAUCACAACAACAGAUACCACAACAACAGAUAUCACAACAACAUAUACCACAACAACAACCAAAACUUCAACAAAGUUUAAGUCAAGAAGACUAUCAAGAAUAUGAAAAUUAUCAAAAUAAUAACCAAAUUAGUGGUUAUAAUCAAUCACCAAAUAUUACCCAAAGUUAUCAAAGUAGUGAUAACUAUACGAAGUCUAAACCUAUUCAACAAAAUAGGAUUCAACCACAGCUUCCUACUGAGCAAAACAAGAAUCAAUUUCAUUCAGAUUUAAGACAUGAAAUGACACAAGAUUUGAGAAGUGAAAUGAGACAGGAUUUCAGACAAGAAAUCAAACAUCAACAGCAACAACAAGACGUUAGACAAGACAAAGAUACUAUAUAUCAAAAUAACAGACAACUAAUGACAGCUAAUAGAAGACCCGAUCCUUUGAAUCAACAAAUGCAGAAUUUACAAGAAUUUUCAAAUGAGAUUAAACAACAAUAUUCUUCAUUAGACAGCAAGACUUUACAGCAACAACAACAACAAAAGUAUCACCAACAACAAGACACAAGUGGUUAUGGACGCCAUCAGGAUAUGAGGGAAUGCGAAUCAGAUCAACAUUAUCAACAAUAUCCGCAACAAAAGAUAUCACAACAACAACAGCAAAACUUUAGUCAAAAGGAGUAUCAGGACUACCAAAAUACUAAACAAUUAAAAAGUGGUUGCAAUCAGACUUACGAUGGAUACCAAGAUUACCAGUCAUCAAAUGCGUCUUCUAUUACAACGCCGCCGACAUCAAUGGCCACAAACAGUCUUAGAGAUAUGAGAUAUCAAGACAUGGGAUCACCUACUCAUAAAAUUGGAGGAAUAACAUCAUCGUCAUCAUCGAUGGCUCAAAUUCCAAGAACAGUGCCAUUACAUACAGUAACUCAACAGUUAGCUACAUCUUCAUCGGCAUCAUCGCCGCCAUCCAACAGUUCUUCAUUUCCUAAACAUAAACCAAUUGCAAGUCAACAGCAAUUAUUCGCUCAAACAUUACAACCAAAGAAAACACCGCCGCAAGUGCUCGAAUGCUGGUCUCCGCCCACCGAUUUGUCACCAAUUAUGGAUGUCUCGCCAUCGAUAGAGGCCGCAGAACAAGAGAUUAUGGAAAAAAUUAAAUCAAAUGAAGAAUCGUUAUCAUCAAUUAUGCCAAACAUUCCUCGCGCCACAAGUGGUACCAUAACUGAAAUAAUUGCCGAUUUUAACAAAGCUAUGGAAGCGUUAGGAACGGAGUCACCUACUGAUGACUACCAGACAUCAUCUGUUGGAAAGCAGUUGGAUCUUAAAAGACAACAAAAUCAGAGCUCAGUUCCAAAAGUUCCCAAACAACAGACAAGCGAUAAAUUACAGAAUUCUUUUCAAAAGAAAUCAAUGGACAACACAUCGGGUCCGCAGCCUAUAAUAGUAAUGACUUCCGGACCAAACCAAUCGACAAUUCCUUUACAGUUACAAUUGAAUCCUCAAGCAAUGCUCACAAAUCAAGCUCUUCUUCCAAGUCCUCAAGUAGAACAACAGCUACAACAACAACAAACUCUUAUACAACAACAACAGCAGUUUCUUCAGAUACAGAUUGAACAACAAAAACUACAAAAACAAAUGACAGAACAGUUGUCAUUAAGACAACAACAACAGCAUCAAACACAACAACAAAUUGAAAAACAACACAAAAUGCAAAAAGAAGUAGCAGUUCAGUCAACUCCACCAUCGGUUCCCUUUAAUUAUAAACAGGAAGUCAUUAAACAAGACAAGCAAGUGUCCACUUCUACUCCACCUUCAGUUUCGUCAACUCCCACAUCGGGACCUAAUAAACAAAUGGUCACUACAGCCACUGUCGUCAUUACAAGAAAUAUUAAUACAUUGCCGACAAAUAAUAUUAUUGGUGGUAGUGGUGGUGCAGCUAAUACACGAAAGGCAUUACACCGACGAUUACCACAUCCAACGACUGAAGAGAUGCAAUCGGCUGUCCAAACAUUGGCCGCCGCACAUAAUGCCCACUCCCGUCCAUCGCCGGCUGUCUCAUCAACAGCGAUGGUGUCAAUACAACGACCAGUUUCACCACUAAUGCCUCGUAAAACACAAUCUAGUGUUAUAUCAUCACAGAUAAUACUAAAUCCGAGCACAAGACGAACAAACCUGUCGACAGCAACAGUGCCGACGACAGCGACAACAACAUUGGUAUCAUCGGCUGUAUUGCCGUCCACUUCAUUGUAUGAUCGCAUUAGUCCAUCGCCUUAUAGUUUGGGAACACAAACGGUAUUGCGAUCGCAUACUCCUAUCUCAUCGGCAAUCGAAGUGUCAGACUCUCAAAGCGAUCCGUCUGGAGAUAGAGGCAAACGAAGAAAGUUACCGUCCGUUCCCUUUGAUGAAGAGCCUGUCUCUCCUGUAAUGGCAACGAGAAAACUUAUUAAAGAAAGAUUGGCCGGUCGAGCAGCAAUCUCUUCCACAUCUGUAUCAACGAAACGCAUACCACCACUGCGGCCCUCGUCAUCACUCGAUGGAGCCGUUGUUAACCUGACGACAUCACAUAGGCCUCAAUCGCCUUUCUCUUCCACGUCAGAUAUAACCCAAUUUUUAGCUUCAACUUAUGGUCAAUCAGUGCUCAAGAGUACUAUUGGCAAUAUUAGAUCUCCAGCACCAUCACCAAUACCUCCCGGAGAAUCACAGAUUGGUCAUCAAUUGCAAACAUCUGCUUCAGCUUCUUCGUUAACAUCUCCAACACGAUUCCCUUCAUAUGUAAAAUCACUGAAACAACAGUUAUAUGACGAGUUGAAGAUGGCUUCCGAAGAGAAACAACGAUUAAUGAGUCUUCGAGACAGAGAUAAGGACUUUUACCGCCGCUCUGAAACUGAUUUGCAACAUCUCUUUGAUAUUUAUUCAUCGCCUGUCCGUCGAAGACGAGGUAGAUAUAAGACAAGAACUGCUUCAGAAUCUCGUAUUUAUAGAUCAGUUUCGCCGACGUGGCGACAAAAUAUGCCGUUCAAGUCAUAUGAAUUUGAGUCAUUACAUCCAACAAGAAGUGGUUUUGAUCUAAACAAUAGACCUCAGAGAGCAUUGUCAUCAAUGGGUCUCUAUUCAGAUACAGAUUUUGGUCUCAGAGAAUCAGUUAUACCUAAUAUGAUGGAUGUCAACGAUAAUAACAUAUAUUUGGCUUCAAAUAUGUUGGGUUCAAGAUUUGGUCGAAGAAGAAGUGAAGGUUCGGCGGAAAUGCUAUCGCGUAUAGGCUAUGGAUUAGAUCCUUAUGGAAGAAGUACUUCUAAGUAUUAUUACGAUGAUAUGAUAGAACAGAGAAGAAGAGUUGGCUUAAGAGGUGGCACUCGUUCAUGGAAUCCAUCGCCAUAUGUAUCUGAGGAUGAAGACGACCACUUGACUCGUGAAGAAAAAGCAGCCAAAGUUAGGGCUGAAAUUAAGCGCAGAAGACAACAAAUGGCUGAUUCUGGUAGACUUUUUCGCCACUCAUUUGAUGGAAGUGGACUCGAUUAUGGACAAGUAGAUGACAUUUAUGGUCCAAAUGCUUUUAUAGAUGAUUAUUACAACUAUAAUCCGACUGUCCAUUCAACACCAAAAGACUAUUAUAAUGGAAGGCUUAGACCUAAUUACUCGCAACCAUCUCUUCAUUCAAGUGAUAGAUAUGAAGAUUAUCGAUAUCCCAAUUAUGACCCGAGACUUAUUGACCCCAGACUUGUCAAUACAAAUGCUUUUAAAAAUAGAAAUAUGAAUUCACGUAAUGCAGCACUUCUUCGACGACCAAACUUUGCUCAUCCAGACAUCGCUUCUUUGAUGUCAGAGUCGGACACUCCCAGCGAGUGUUUAGACCCUAUGCUGAACACUCCUGCAAUGCCUAUUUUACCAGAUAUGCCUACCAGAUCACGAAAAUUAAUUGAAGAUUUAGGUAGUUCUCCAAUUAUGGGUGGACAGGGAGCAAGAGAUGAAAGAGGUUAUCGAUCAGCUUAUAGCCAUUUAGACCACCAUAUGAUGAGAGGAUCGCCUAAGAAAACACAAUUCGCACCGAACACAACGAAAUAUCCCAAAUACCCGUUUCCAGUAAAACGAAUACUUCUAACUCAAGAUCCAAAGAUACGGUCAGUUAGUGGGAAUGGAUUGGGAUUAAAGGUAAUCGGAGGUCAGGAAAUACCCGGCAGUAAUAUGAUUGGAGCAUACAUUCAAAAAAUACAUCCAAGUCUUACAAUGAUGGGAGAGAUUAGAGAAGGAAUGCAAGUAAUAGAGUGGAACGGUAUCCCAUUGACGGGUAUAUCUCAUGAUGAAGUGUCCAGAAUCAUCAAUACACAAGUAGGCGAUGAAAUCGAGGUCGUUAUUAGGACAGACAUCAAUAUGAUGCCCAACAAUCAGUAUCAACAAUAUGAACAACAGCCUCCAUCCUAUCCUCAAGUCAUACUACAACAUAAUCACCCCAUUGACGAAACUCAUCAGCAAAUGAUGGCCAGUAAUCAACACCACCAGCAACAGCAUCAUCAACAACAACAGCAACACCACCAACAACAACAACAAUAUCAGCAUCAAUAUCAACUACAACAACAACAACAUUCACAGCAAUACCAUUUACAGAUAUAAAAAUAGCAAAUUUUUACUGUAUAUGGCAUAUAAGCCACACUUAAU